AACUCAAAGAGAGAUAGAGGAUCCCAGUCCAGAGACCUCCGCUUUUGAGUUCAACACACCUGGAGCCAGCUAAUUCCCUCAUCCAUCUCAAAAAACUAAAAAAAAAACCCCACCAACAAAUAGACACUACAAAAAGAAGGCAGUUUUUGGACAUCUGUGGUUUUGCACCAUGGGACUGUGUUCUCAUAAUGGAUUGUUAGUGGUGUUGCUGUUUCAUCUUUGUCAGGCACAAGAUGAUGCUAUCCCCUCCCCUGACCCUGAGCUAGCCCCACCAAGCCUGGGUGAUGUGACUGAUGCAGUGAAGGCAGACUUUGAGCAGGCAGUACAGAUCUCGACAACCGACACUGUACACAAGGCUUUAGAGCAGGUCGUAGGUGAACUCUCGCCACAGAAGACUCCAGAAGAGCAGUCACCAAUGGUAGAGACCACAGCUGAUUAUACAACAGAAGCAGCAGCUAAAGAGGAGGCAGUGGUGCUCACUGCAGGUGAACCAGAUGCUCAUUUGUUAGAAUCAACUCAAGAUAUUGAGCCUGUAGAGGAGAUUCAAGGACUGAUACCUCAGGCAUCAAUCUCAGAGCCAGAUGAGAAAUCAGUUAUAAAACCAGGAGAGUUGGUCCUUGAGGCAGUAGAUUCAGUUCAGGAACCAGUAGAAUCAGUUUUGCAAGACCCUACGAUUGCUGAAGUGGGUGAUACAAUGACUGAGGAAAGCCAUGCAGAUGAAUCACCUGUCCAGAUGUAUCCUGAUACACAAAAAGAUAAACAGUCAGAAAGAGUAGCUGCAGAAAUGGAAGUGGUUGAAGAUGAAAAUUUAGAAGAGCCAGAACAGGGAUUCAUUGAGAAGGAAGCUCAGGUGUCUGAGAUGGAAGAGAAAACAGGAAAGGGGGAAAUAGAGAAAGUAGAAGUGAUGAUAAGUAGGGGACAAGUUAAACUACAAGGACAACAAAAAGAAGAAUCUUUGGAAAGGCAAGAUACAGAAUGGGAUAAAGAAUCAGAGCAUAGUCAAGAGGAAUGGCAGGCAGUAACAGCACAGAUGGCUCCAGAUGGUGGUGUGGUUGAUAUGGAUGAAGUACAACAGGAAGAGGAAGAACAGGAAGUAGCGAAGACUGAAGAAGGUGUGAUUGAAGUUGAAGCAAGGAGAGAGGAGGUAAAGGCUGGAUCUGAGGCACAGCUAUGGAAGGUUUCAAGAAAGAAGGAGGUUCAUCCAGCCGACAAAACAGUACUGGAGAAAACUCAACAAGAACCAGAGGUCACCGUGGAUACUCGGGGACCAAUUAAACUGCAGGAGCCUGUUAUUACGAAGUCAAAAGCAACAGGCGAUUUUACAGGUAAAACACAUGAGGCCAGUGAUGUAAAUGAGAUUAUCACCUCCGGAGACCCGAAAAAGAACAAUCAGGGUGUAUCAGUGUUGAUGAACACUGUUGAGGAGCUCCAACCAACACCAGUUCUCAAACUGAGGCUUGGGGAUACUGAUGCACCAGUGGAGGAACAUGUUGACUCUAAACAGACCAAAGCCAUAGGGCAGGAAGCAUGGACGAUAGGAGCCAUAGCAGCAGCUUUCUUUCUCAUUCUGCAAACUGCUGUCACCAUUGUCUACAUUCUGAAGUGCAGGCGAAAGCCAAAUAGCAGCAGUGUGGCCUCAAAGAACCUGUGUGCUGGAGGAAACGGAGGCAUAGAAUGUGAUGCAAACAACACAGAUACCACCAUUCCAAUCGAUGAACAAACUGCUGUAGACGACCAUCCAGAGUUCUCAGAGGUCCAGCAAGAGGACGUUGCUAUGACAACUUUCCCACUGGAUUCCACAGAGAAGAAUUCACCCUAUGACCCCAGAACCUCUGUUGUUUAGCAUUGCUGACCUUAAGGAGUAUGACUGUAAUUGUGCAAGUGUGUCUGAGUGUCUGACUGUGGGAAAUUGUGUUUGUGUGUGUGUGUCUAUAUGUGUAUUGAAUGGUCUGGUUAUCCUUGACAGCAAAUGUCACUCUAGUGUAAUUCUUCAGACAGUAAAAAGACCUGUUAUCGGUGGAAAACGCAGAGUACAUAUCAUUUUAAGCUGGAUUCUUGUUUAAAAAAGCUAAAGAUUCUGGGAAAAGGAUGAAUGUACUUGAAAGGCAAAACUGCAUAAAUUAUUAAGGCUUGUUUUCAGGAAAAAUAUUUACAAUUUAGCUUUCUCUUCUUUAAAACAUCUAACAUUUAACAUGGUUUAUGCUUAAAAUGAAUAAACAAACAAAACUUUUUGCUAUUUUGCAAACUAUUUGCACUAUUUCCCCUUGCUUUUCAAGUAUAUGUAUCUUUUUUUUUUUAAGAUGUUUGGUUAUUUUUCUAAAAAACAAGACUAAAUGCUUUUGAACAAA